AGAGAAGCAAACAAAGUGAUGAUAUGGAUGCAAGACCUCAUAUCAACCCCCCCUUUUCCUCUUCCUCUUCUUCUUUAAGCUAAUUACAGACUCAAGAACACAAACCCUAUAUAUAUAGUAUACUCAAGAUCAUCAGAGGAAGAAUUCGUAUAUGGUUUCCAUGGAGAACAAGAAAGGAGGCCUGCAUGAACAGCUUCAAUUACUUCGUUCCAUUACAAACUCUCAUGCAGCGAGUAAGACAUCCAUUGUGGCCGGGGCAGCGAAAUAUAUUAAGGAUUUGAAGCAAAAGGUCGAAGUGCUAAGUGAAGACAUCGCCGAGGGUAGCCACGCACCCGAGAGUUAUAAACGAAACUCGUGCCCAAUGGUAACUGUGAACACCUUAGAAAAAGGAUUCCUAAUUCAUGUAUUUUCGGAGGAAAGUUGCCCGGGGCUGCUCGUAUUCGUACUUGGAUCUUUUGAAGACAUAGGGCUUACUGUUCUUGAAGCUAGGGUUUCUUGUACAAGUAACUUCCAAUUGGAAGCCAUUGGAGUGAGUGAAGAAAAUGGAGAAAUUACGGAUGCCCAAAUGGUAAAAGAUGCAGUUUCAAAAGCCAUUAACAACUGGAAUGAAAGUGCUAGUGAAGAUCGAGACUAAAUCAUCAAAUCCCAUCUUUUAUAUAUAUACUACUUCAUGCACGGAAAACCCUAAUUUUUUUAUUAUGCAAAAUGUCAUGUUUAAGAAGAUUAAUUAAUUAAU